GACAUAUAGGGUACAGCCAGUUGGUGGCGAUAGAUGCUUUUUCAAACUGUCCUGCCAACCCUCAAAGAAACAGCCGAAGAAGAAGAACAUGGCGACUCCCAUGCACAGAAUUAUAGCCAGGAGACAAGCGGAGGCAAACAAACAAAAUGUGCGUUGCCAGAAGUGUUUGGAGAUGGGACACUGGACCUACGAGUGCACAGGGAAACGGAAGUAUGUGCACAGACCAUCAAGAACAGUUGAGAUGAAAAAGAAGUUGAAGGAGAUUGACAACAAACCUCUCAUUAUUGCUGGACCAGGAAGCGACGUUUCCAGUGAGAAGAAAAUGAAAAAGAAGGCUAAAGACUCCAGCGACAGCAGCAGCGACUCUUCCAGUGACUCAUCAUCAGACAGUAGCGACUCCUCUAGCUCCUCUUCAGAUGACAGCGACAGCAGCAGUGACAGUGACGACAACAGCUCUUCCUCCUCCUCCUCCUCCUCCUCUUCAUCCUCAGACAGCUCAGACUCAGGAAGCAGUAGCGAUUCUGAUCAAGGACCACCAAGGAAGAAGAAAAAGAAGAAAUAAGCAUGCUGGCUUGAAUGUUUUGUUGUUGUUGUUUGUUUUCUUUUGUUUUCCUGAAUAAAACUUUUGGACCCCAACAGAUAAGAGAGAGGUGCAGGUUUGUUGCUAAUGGACUAGAAGAGGAAACGUGAGAUUAUUUUGUUCUGUUUUUAAAAACCUUUCUCUGUUACUUCUGCUACUGUGACACCUCCUUAAGUUUGUAUUUUUACUGAGAAUGUUAAAUUUGUGAAACAGGUUAAUGGGGAUUAUUUGAGAUCAAUCUUGUAAUUUUCUACUCAAGUACAUGUUAGUUCAUCUGUUCAGCUCGCAGCCUUCAUAAAACAUCACCAAAUGUAAAGUGUAUAGAAAAAAUUAACCUUUUAAAGGAUGAGUCAAAUAGUUGUGUUGCUAUGACUUUGCAUAUGCUUGACCAUAAAUAAACUUGGCCUGUAUUUGUU